AUUUUUAAUUUUUAUUAAACAAAUGUAUUAAAUUUUUCAUUUUACGUGCUGCUUUUAUAUAACAAUGAUAGAAUUAUCGGCUAAGUUAACCACUGGAACUGUAUAUUUAGCUGGAGAGGCUUUAGAAUGCUGUAUAACAUUUUGUCACACAACGCAACCUGAGCACAGAAAUUCCCAGAGCCAUAGUGACAUUUUGGAAAACCUAGCAUGGGCUUCCGCACAGAUACAUUGUUUUUAUUCCACAUCAAAGAACAACACAGAGAAGCCUCAAAAUUUCGUAAGAACUACAGCUUUAGAAGUCACUAACUGCGAUAUUGGCGAUGUCAAGUUUCUCACGAAGCCAAAGAUACUAUUUUGUGAUCUUACGAUACCUCUGGGUGAAAGUAAAACUUUUUGGUACAGAGAAUCAUUGCCUAUUGAAGCACCCCCAUCAUACAGAGGAACUGGGGUCAAGUACUCAUACAAGAUCACCAUAGCCACACAGAAGGUCGGCUCCCAUAUCAAGAUGGUCAGAAUACCAUUCAGAGUUUUGCCAAUAAGUCCAAUUAUGAACAUACAGGACUUAGCAGCCCUGUGUGGCAAUGAAACUACAGAAGACUUACAUCCCACCAACCCAUUCUCGGAGGAGAAAAAAGUUGAAACACCUUUGACAAUGGCAUUGCAAGUCUUGCAGAAUCUCACAGCCAGGAGAAGUCCUAAUUCAUACAUGAUAACAAAUGCUAAGGGCAAAGUUGGUCGGUUUUGCCUAUUCAAAUCAGCUUACAAAUUGGGUGAAGAUAUUGUAGGCACUUUUGACUUCUCAGUCGGAACAGUGACUUGUAUGCAGGUUUCAGUAUCACUCCAGCCAGAAGAGGUAAUAAAAAAUAAGACACCGACAAAGAAUGCUAGCAAAGAAUUGAGCAGUAGAUCCAUGACGGUGGCGCGAUACCAUGAGGUCACAUUAGGCCUCACACACUCCCAGCUCAUACUGCCGAUACCACUGCAAAUUACACCUGCUUUUGAUAUAGAUGAAGUGUCACUCAGUUGGAGAUUACAUUUUGAGUUUGUUACCACCAACGAGAAACUAUUUCCUCAACCUGAGGACAAAAACUGGAAUGCACCGCUCAAUGUGCCCAUAGAGACAAUGGUUUGGAACCUGCCCGUGAAGAUAUACUCCACUUUACCCAAACAAAUAACACAACAUCCAGUGGGAAAUGACACUUACACUAUGCUAAUCAAAUAAUAUUAUUUGUACUACUGCAACUGUACAGUAUAAUAUACAAG